AGAGAGAGAGAGAGAGAGAGAGAGAGAGAGAAAGAAAGAAAUGGCGCCUCGAUGCUGCGCUCACUGAGGCAGUCUUUGGAGCCGGCUAACGAGAUCUAGUGAGGGCAAAAGGAAAAACAAACACGAACUAAACAUGGUGAACACAAGGAAAAACUCCCGGCCGGGCGGCCCCUUCAUCUCCUCCAGGACGAGGUCCUCGUCAAGAACCGAGCGGAACUCUGAGGAACAUAAGGAGGCCAGUAGUGAUGUGAGCAGUCCCAGCAGUCCGCGGCUGGCGCCCCCUUCCAAGCGGACGCGGCGGCAGACCGCCUCCGAGCCGAGCUCCAGCGAUACCUCGCCGUCCCCACAGACCAAGGGCCAGAGGGUCAGCUGGGAGAUUCCCACCUACCGCACCAGGUUGUCGUCUCGCAUAAUGCAAAAUGGACACGCCCAUCUGAGUCACAGGAAUGAGCAGAGUGGAGGUGCAGAUCACUCUCACAUGAAUGGGCACGUGGAGCUGAAGAGGAGCUGCCGGGGGAAGAAGAGCAAAUUUGAACACCUCAAUCAGAGCCUGCUGUUUGACCAGCUGGUCAACAGCACUGCUGAGGCUGUUCUUCAGGAGAUGGACAACAUCAGCAGCAUCAGGCAGAACCGUGAGGUGGAGCGGCUUCGCAUGUGGACCGGAGACACCGAGGAGGAAAACCUGGACAUGUAUUCUCGGGUGAAGCGCAGGAAAUCCAUGCGCAGGAGCACUUUCAGCAUGCCUACACACCACAAAGUCCUGAGCAAAAAUGAGCAGGAGGAUGAAGAGGAGGAAGGCACCGAAGAUUCUCACGGCGAGGAAGGGGAGGUGGAUGCAGAGGACGAAGAUGACGAAGGGGAUGAAGCAGAGGAGGCAGGGGAGGAAAACGGCAGACCGUACAACCUGAGGCAGCGGAAGACGGUGCAGCGAUAUGAGGCCCCACCUAUCGAACCCGUGAACAGAAAACAGAGCAACCCCUCACUCUUUGACACCCACAGAUCCCCAGCAAGAAGAAGCCAUAUAAGAGUGAAGAAACACGCCAUUCACAGCAGUGACACCACCUCUUCUUCUGAUGAGGAGCGCUUUGAGCGGAGGAAAGGAAAGAGCAUGACCCGAGCCCGGAACAGGUGUUUGCCCAUGAACCUGACCUCAGAAGACCUGACGAGUGGGGUGUUGCGUGAUCGAGCAAAAGUGGGAGCCAGCCUGGCGGACGUGGACCCCAUGAACCUCGAUAGCUCGGUGAAAUUUGACCAGGUGGGUGGCCUCGGUAAUCACAUUCAGUCUCUGAAGGAGAUGGUGGUCUUCCCGCUGCUGUAUCCUGAGAUCUUUGAGAAGUUUAAGAUUCAGCCCCCCAGAGGGUGUUUGUUCUAUGGCCCCCCGGGGACCGGAAAGACCCUAGUAGCCCGGGCGCUGGCCAACGAGUGCAGCCAGGGAGACCGGAAGGUGUCCUUCUUCAUGAGGAAAGGAGCCGACUGCCUCAGCAAGUGGGUGGGGGAAUCGGAACGCCAGCUCCGCCUGCUCUUUGACCAGGCUUACCUGAUGAGGCCAUCCAUCAUUUUCUUUGAUGAGAUCGAUGGUUUGGCUCCUGUUCGCUCCAGCAGGCAGGACCAGAUCCACAGCUCCAUCGUUUCCACUCUGCUGGCUUUGAUGGACGGCUUGGACAGUCGCGGGGAGGUAGUGGUCAUCGGUGCUACAAACAGACUUGACUCUAUCGACCCGGCACUCAGGAGGCCCGGACGCUUUGACCGGGAGUUUCUGUUCAACCUGCCCGACAAGAAGGCCAGAAAGCACAUCUUGGAGAUUCACACGCGGGACUGGAAUCCCAAGCUGGCCGAGCCAUUUGUAGAUGAACUCGCGGAAAAAUGUGUCGGCUACUGCGGCGCCGACAUCAAAGCACUUUGCACGGAGGCCACCUUGGCGGCGCUGCGCCGCCGCUACCCGCAGAUCUACGGCAGCAGCGUCAAACUGACGCUGGACGUGGCGUCCAUCGUCCUCGGGCCCGCCGACUUCAGCAAGGCCAUCGGGACCAUCGUGCCGGCCUCCCAGAGGGCGCUGGCUCCGCCGGGCCGAGCCCUGUCCCCCGCCCUCAGGCCCCUGCUGGCAGGCUCUUUCUCCCUGGUGCUGAAAGCUCUGCUCCGAGUCUUCCCCCACGCUCAGUGCGCCGACAGGGACAACGCACACGGCGGUGACAAUCAGCUGCUCGAAGACGACUUGUACAGCGACGACGACAAUGAGGAACGCUCCGCCUCCAUUUACGAGGCCCCGCCCACUGGAUCCCCAAAGACUCCGCUCUGCUCUCCUCCCACGCACAGGCCCUUCCUCCACUUCUCCUCCUCCGCCCUGCAGCGGCCCACAGCAUACCGACCCCGCCUGAUGCUGGCCGGGCCCCCGGGCUCGGGGCAGAGCUCCCACGUGGCGCCCGCCUUGCUGCACCACCUGGACAAGCUGCCGGUGCACCGCCUGGAUUUGCCCACCCUCUACUCCGUCAGCGCUAAGACGCCGGAGGAGUCCUGUGCUCAGGUUUUCCGCGAGGCCCGUCGCAGCGUGCCCAGCGUGGUGUUCAUGCCGCACAUCUCCGAGUGGUGGGAGACGGUGAGCGACACCGUGAAGAGCACCUUCCUCACGCUGCUGCAGGACGUGCCCUCGUUCAGCCCGGUUCUGAUCCUCGCCACGGCGGAGACUCACUACUCACAGCUGUCAGAAGAGCUAAGAAGUAUGUUCCAGAGGAGCUACGGGGAGGUGGUGACGCUGAGCGCUCCAGGAGAAGAGGACAGGAAGAGCUUCUUCUCCGACCUGCUGUUGGUCCAAGCAGCCAGGGCCCCGCCGCGCCUCAGGAGCACAGGGAGGUGCGAGGAGGUGCUGCCGGCGGCGGAGGCUCCUGGCCCCAGAGUCCUGUCCACAGAGGAGCAGCGGCGCCUGGCCGAGCAGGAGGAGAACACGCUACGGGAGCUCAGGCUCUUUCUCAGGGACGUGACCAAGCGCCUGGCCACCGAUAAACGUUUCAGCAUCUUCAGCAAGCCGGUGGACAUUGACGAGGUGUCGGACUACCUGGAGGUCAUUCGGCAGCCGAUGGACCUGUCCACCGCCAUGACCAAGAUUGACACGCACCAGUACCUGAGAGUGAAGGACUUCCUGGGGGACAUUGACCUCAUCUGCAGUAACGCUCUGGAAUACAAUCCUGACAAGGACCCUGGAGACAAGGUCAUCAGGCACCGGGCGUGCAGCCUGAAGGACACCGCUCACGCCAUAUUUGCUGCCGAGCUGGACCCAGAGUUUGACCGCAUGUGCGAAGAGAUCAAGGAGGCGCGCAGGAAGAGAGACCUCCAGACGCCGGCGCAGCCGACGCCGCUGACGGCCGCCGUGGCAACCAGGAGGCACCAGGCUGCAGCAGAGGAGCAGGCCAGCAGCAGCGCUCGGGGCGAGGCCGCCGACAAACAGUGCAGCACCAAUCAUGUAAAGCGCAAGAUUCGCCGGCGGCCGUCCUGGGGGCGGGGCAUCAUCCGUAAGAAGAGGAUCUACAGGAAGGAGACGGAGGAGGAGGAAGAGGAGGAGGAAGAGGGGGAACCUGAGGUGGAGGUGGCGGGGCCGAGUGACUCGUGCCUUACGCAGGAUGAGGAAUCGUCUUGUGAUACCGUGGGCCCCCAGCCCAAUGGCCACCUCCCCCACGGCCCCUCCACGGAGGAGGAGAGCUCCAACGAGCCCCCCGUCGCGGCUCCCGCCGAACCCCCGGACGCCGGCGAAGCCCAGAAGAAGCCCGCGCCUAAGGAGGAGGAGCCCACGCCUAAGGAGGAGGGGCCCACGGCCCAAGAGGCGGAGCCUGAAAGCACGGAGAAACGCACUGAGCCGCAUUGCCUCGGCGGCAGCUGCGAGCCCGAGGCAGACGGGGGCGGCCCGGUCGAGCAGGCCGACUCCGGACCUUCCAUCGACGCGUCCCGAUGCUCGAGUGCAGAGGUCCGGCCCCAGCGCACGGAGGCUGUCUCGCUACCGCAGGCGGACUGCGUGAACGGAAACGAGUCGAUGGACAGCGUGGACUCGCGGAGCAUGGAGGGGAGCGGCGAGGUCGAGCAGAGGCCGGCGCGCUCUAACGGGGCGGGACGGGAGGAGCACGAAGACAAAAAAGAGAGCGCAGCGACGCAGGAGCAGCCACACCAGGACGGGAGCGCCGAGCAACAUCUGGAUCUAGAAGCAGGGGCCACCCCCGAGACCGGCGGGGGCGAUCCGUCGGAGCAGUCCAAGGGAUCCGCCGAAAAGACGGAGGAAGAGCCGCCAGCAGUCCCUCCCCAGCCCCCCGUAGUGGUGGACCACCAGCGGCUCUCGGCUCUGCUGGACGCGGCGGUGACGAAGAGCGAGGGCUUCAGCGUGGAGCAGCUGGAGAGGCUGUACUGCCUCCUCAGCCAGUGCGUCUACAAACACCGCCGAGAGUACGACAAGACCCGGCUGCUGGAGGAGAUGGAGGCGAGAAUCCAGCAUUUUGAUGCAUUCCUGUGAGACGGAGAGAAUCAGGUAGAUCCUGAAGAGCCUGGGACCACAAAGGAGCUUCUAAGUCCAGCACUCGCCUCGAGAGACACACACGCAGGAAAUCCAGCGCCCUUUUCUCGCUGAGAGGCGACACAACGAGGACGACGUUGAGGACGGAGACAUUAAAUGGUGCUAUCGUCUCAGGAACCUGGCCAGAUCCAGACCCAUUCUGCACAACCAAACUCCCGGAGGUGUGUCGUUCUCUCUCACACACACACACACGCGCGCAGACACACAACGGUGACGGGCGACCCUGGUGCUACUCGGGUGCUAUCCGACCUCUCAUCCACGCUGCUCUUGGGACUACUGACUUAACUUGGAUGACAUGCAAAACCAACAGAUCAAUGUCAAAUCUGGCUGCACACACACACACACACACACACACACUUGGGUCAUUUUAUACAAACGUACACCCAGAAAUGCACACACUCACCAGCAGAAUUG